AUGAUCAGCAGCAAUAGAAUCAUCAAAAGUAUAACAAAUACUAUCAUUUCAACAAGACAAUCAUCAUCGUCUUUAUCAUAUAUACCAAAUAGAAGAUGGACAAGUUCAAAUAAUAGCAACCAUAAUAAUAAUAAUAAUGAUGUACAUUUAGUAUUUUAUACUAGACCUACAUGUUCAUUAUGUUUAGAUGCAAAAGAGAUAUUAUAUCCAAUAGCAGAUGAAGUGAAUGAAAACAAGGAAAACAUAGCAUUGAAUAGAAAGAUUGUAAUCGAUGAAAUCAACAUUGACUUGCCACAACAUCAUCAACAUCAUGAAAAGUGGAAAUAUGAUGUACCGGUUGGAAUGAUUGGAUCAAAGAUCGUAUUUAAACAUAGAAUUAAUGAUCUAGACAAGUUAUUCUUUGAUUUGGAUCAAUAUCUUAAUAAACCAAUCAAUAAUAAUUAUAAUGAUAAUAAUAAUUGA